ACAUGCUUUAAGGCGCUCAUGCAAUUAGGAAAGACCUCUUUAAUUAGCAAUAACUGACUACAUUUCUGAGCACUCAGAAGCCACGCACUGCACUAGGACAUUUCUAUCCAUUAGCUGAUUUAAUCCUCACAACAUGGUUAGAUAAAUACUAUUAUUAUCCCCCCAUUUUUCAGAAGAGAAGAAUGAAGCUCAGGUAGCAUGUGGCCAAGUGAGGUUCUGGGUCUAAGUUUAUCUGGCUGCAGCCCGAGGCCUGACCCAUAGCACUCACCACACAAUGGCCAGCAGACACUGAUGCUCCAUGGCUCAUGCUAAGGCUGAUGACCUGCUCCCUCCAGAAAGUUCUAUGAGCUUCCAGCCCUGGGAAACGUCACCUUAGGGAUACUAUCCUUCAACCCUUCUUCCUCUUUAUAAGCAAGCUUUCCCUGAAUUCGCAGGUACCCUCCUUCCCAGGUAUAGGGUCCCCCAGGAACCACCACUUACUUAUCUGUCCUGAUCAAGGAACACAGAAUGCCUAGACUGCUCUGCCACCUGGCCAGCUGCAUGUCUUUGCCUGCAGACCUGAGCCCUGGAAACAUUCCCUGGCGCUGAAACCCUGUUUAGGUUGUCACCUGAAAUACUGAAGGAUCAAACAUGUUGCUAAACAUGUAGGAAUUAGCCCAACUUUAGGCCAAGUAACUCCAUAACCCAGAGCCCUUGCUGCAGACGUACCUAAACAGAGCAUCUCUUUUCUUGCUGUCCGUCAUGAGGGCCACUGCAGUGCUCUACAUGUAAGUUCCCCUCAUAAGUGCUUUGGAACUUGGUGCUUUCUUCUUUGGAAUCUCAACUGACCCCAUUUGGGGAUGGUUUGGGUAGUCCCUUGCAGGAAUUCCCCUGCCACCAUUCUGAGGGUGACUCCAGCUGCAGGUUCCACCAGGCAGAACACCAGGAAGCUGUGUCCCCAGUGGAACAAUCUGGAGAAAGGUGUGUCAACCACUGAGCCGACUGCCUAAUGGCAAACCAAGGUAGAUUCCAGCUGUCCCGGGAAGUCAGAUGACCCUGGCAGGCCUUUUCCUGUGCUGCCUGAGUGGUUAUAGCAAUUUUAAAGUAACCUUUAAAACAUCAUAUCGAAAGGUCAUCUGAAGGGCUAUUUGUCCCACAUAUCCAUUGGCCAUUUACCACUCUGCAUAGGGCCACCUGCUUCCUGCUCCUUCGUGUGGCAGUUAACAAAGAUAAAUGAGACAAGGAGGAAAAUGCUUGGGGCCAUCUUUGCAGAAUCCCAAGCAGGAAUUUGCUCUGCCUUAAGUGGGAGACUUCAUCCUGAAAACCUGAUCACAGACGCUCGGAGAUGGUAGAAAAUGCUGCUGUCCCAAGGCCCCGUGUAUUCUGGACACCCCAGCUGCUGGAACCAAGACAGGGUUCCAAUGGGGGUGCUGCUGCGGACUCCCUGAGCCACUGAGGUUGGGCAGGGCAGGCACAGUGCCCACAGGAAUGAGUCAUCGGCUGGGGCACAUGGGAGCUCACAUCCUUCUGUGCUCAGCUCUUUGGGGAAAACAGCUUGCUGCUGAUUUUCUGCACUGUUUCCUUCUUUAUUUUUAAACAUACUUGCAUACAUUCUUGUAGGCGAAGGCUUUGUGCUGUACUAGAAAUGGGAAAAUGUUUUCUAGGAGACUUCAGCCCAGAUAGGAGAACUUUUUGCGUCCGGCAGAUAGGCAAAGGUGGUUUACUUUUGAUUUGAUAUUGGGAUGCAUUCCUGUGCACUGGAAUCAUUUGCAGAAGUCAUUCCUUGCUCAACCCAGGGUAACAUUUGGAUUCUAACUCAGUGUCCAACAACCUGCUUUGUGGUCCAAAGAAAAACAAACUUAACUUUCUUUGCUCAGUUUACUCUGCUAUAAAUCCCAGAUAAUAUUCUCUGCCCCUCCAGCCCUGGGAGCCAAUUGUAGGGAUUCUUGGAAGGAAUACAUGAUACAAACAUAAAUAUAAAUAAAAUAAACAUACGUAUUCAUAAUCUCUCCUCAAAUUGAAAUUUAAUGCAAUAUCCCAUUAAUUCCAUUUUAAAGAUGAAGAAAGAGAGGUAGAGAAUAUCUAAGACAAGGAGCUAAAGGCCCAGAGGGCAAUUUGCAGGGCAAGCAUUGGGCUGACUGGCAUGGAGCUUCUACUGUUCAGAUUUCUUUUAAGGGUAAGUAAAAUCCCCAUCCUUGAAACCCUGGCUUCCAGUGUUGUGUGCCUAUCAAGUCAAAAGGAUUUUCAGGGACAAUGGAGAUGAAAUUCUUUAAUCAGGUUUUUGAGAUCCGUUCUAUUAAUUAUGCACUCAUUAAGCACACAUUAAUUGAGGAACUACUGUAGCGGAGCCCCUGUGCUAGGAGCUGGACAUAAAGCAGUGAAGAAGAUAAACGCAGAGCCAGCCCUCUCAUUGUUGAUAUUCGAGCAUUUCCUCUUUGAAGCUAGGGUUUUUACAGAACUGUCUGUAGAGGACAGACAGCGAGGAACGCCGUGGCUGGCCCAGGCAAGCCGAACAUCCUAGCUACUCUCUGCAGGACGCAGGGAAAGGCACUGACUUGAGCAAAUCCUAUCAAGCCUCAUCAAGCCUGUUACUGCUCUUCUUCCACCCUCUCCUGUGUCUGCGAAUGGGAAGCUGUGCUGAGACAUGAAGAAAGCUUUUGGAAAAGACAGAACUUCAAGUCCAGCAAAGUGGUUUAAUCCCUUUGAUAGGAAAACACAAGUGGAGAAAGACUCAAAAGAGGCAAAAUCAAAGGAAGUUGUAUUUCAGAUGAUGCAUUAGUGAAUCUGACAUCCAUUUAGAUGGACCUCUGGAUUAAGAAGGUCAAACAUCACGCACCCAUAGGGAGGAAAACUUGGUGGUUUUCCUGGAGAGAUCACGGCGUGGUCUAGAAUGUCAGGAGUCGGGGCCACAGCAACUUGAUAAGAGCCUUGCUUGGGGGUCAGCAGGGCUUCCUGGAGAGAUCACUGGGCUGGGAGUGAUUUUUCAGACUCAGUCUCCCUAUCUGUGAUCACAAACAUCUUUAUCAAUUUCCUACUUUCUCUCUCAGAUAUGCUGGAUCAAAAUGUACAUUCCCUGAGCUUUGAAACAUGGGAUGAGGUUGGAGGAAGAGGAAUGGAGGAGGGUGUGCUUAUGUUUCAUAUGGAGAUAUUUGUAUACUCUUCUAUGGGAAUAUAUAUGACUGUACUCAUAGGAAAAUGCUCCAAACUGGUUGGUGAAUAGGCUGCCCCUCUCCCCUCAAGGCCCUUUAGGGUUAGCAGGAAGCGUUCAAGGUGUUACACUUAAAUGUAACACCAGAAUACAUGCUGGUGACAGGGAAGGCACUUGUAAGUAGGCAGAAUUCCAAGACACCCUGGUGAUUCCUGCCCCCUUGUAUACACCCCCUGAGGAACCCCAGGAAAUCCUCACUCCCAUGACUGGGGCAUGUCAUAUGGCAGAGCUGAUUUGAAGAAAGAAAGUUCAUCGGGGGUGAGCUUGACCCAGUCAUAAGCCCUUUGAAGGCAUUGGGCUUUUUCUGAAGUAGGAGAUUCGAAUUAUUAGAGGAAUUAGACAGAGGGAGGUUCUCUUCUGCUGGUUUUAAAGAUAGAGGGGGCCACAGAGCAAGGAAUGUGGGUGACCUCUGGGAGCUGAGAGCAGCCCCCAGCUGAGAGCUAGCGAAAAAAUGAGGACUUCAGUCCUACAACCACAAAGACCUGAAUUCUGCCAGAACCACAGGAGCUUGAAGGGGGCCCUGAGUUCCACAUGAAAAUGCAGGCCUCGCUGACACCCUGGUUUUGGCCUUGUGAGAACAGAGCAGAGAACACAGUCGCAUCGAGCCUGGACUUCUGACCUACAGAACUGUGAGCUAAUAAAUGGGUGCUGUUUCCAGCCAUUAUGCCUGUGGUCAUCUGUUAUGGCAGAAAUAGAAAAUUCAGUACAGAAAGGGAAGCCGGAUCAUAAACAGUGAGGAAGGCUGACUCUGGCAUCAGAUGACCUAAGUUCCUAUUUUGCCUGGAGCUGAGGCACAUUUGGAAAAGUUACUUCUCUAAGCCUCCGUUGCUUUAUUUGCAAAAUGGGGAUAACAGUACUCACCAAGAAGAGCUGCUGCGAAGAUGAAAUGAAAAGUGUGUGUACAGUGUCUGGGUUACGGGAGCCCUCCUGAGAGGUCUGGAGUUUCCAGAGUCCGCGGUGUUGCUAAGGAGCUGCAGUGAUGUUGAUGCGGCUGGUCCUCAGUGCACACCUGAGUAGCACGACCUCUCUGCCCUGGACACACGCUGCCAUCAGCUGGGAGCUGGACAACGUGCUGAUGCCUAGUACCAGAAUCUGGCCCCAGGUGAGUCCAACAGGCAGGUCUGCCUCUGCCAGGAGUGAGGGUAAUGCCUCCUCACUCUGGAAUUUCUCCACUGGGCAGGAUGUGUGUGUCAUAGUAACCAGAACCUGUGGGUCUGUGCUGAGCUCUGCCGCCUACACCCGCCUCUGUGGCUGUGUGAGAUCUGCCACAAACAUUACCUGCCAGUCCUCAGGACAAUGAAGGCAGGAGGCCCGGCAGGAAGAGAACUUAAUCUGCAAGGCCCAUGAUAGCAGAGAGGGCCACCUGGGCUGCCCCCUCAGUGCCCAUCAGCCUGGCUCCCGUGGUCCCAACUAGCUCUAUCUCCUUGCCAACAGCCCUGUGCUCCCCAGCCCCCUCCACCAUGCAGAUGGCUGCUAUGACAUCCCAAUUCCUUAAAGUGUGGGGUUCCUUGCUGCCCUCUCCUCCCUAACUGGCACCCCGUGCAAACCUGCUGCAGAGAACAGCGUCUUGGGCAAUGGCAAUAGUCCUCCAGUUCACCAACAGUAAAAAUGGUCUCAAUGGGGAGAGAUUUCUGACUGCAAGCGCUCUGAGUCCUUCCAGAGGAGGGCUGGAGAGACAGGAGGGGGGAUCAGGCGGCCUCCUGUGCUGGUUCCUGGCGCCGAUGUAAUGGAUGCUGAUUAUCAGCGGUGAGGGCAUCCCGGAAAGGAUGGAAAGGACUGCAGAGCUGUGCGAGAUGAGUGGGAUGAGGCCGCAGGUGCUGAUUUUUAUGCCCAGGAUGCUCCUGGCUGUCAUGGACUCCCAGGGCUCCAGGCAUGCAUAGCUCUUUCACCUCUUCUCCAAGCAGAAUGCCCCAGAAAGGCCACCUCUAUUAUCCAGAGUGGCUAGAGUCUCCGGUGGCUGUGCGCGGGGACUGAGGGCCGGAAUCAGGGCAUGGGGCUUUCAGUGAAACGCAGAGCCAGGCAGGGACAGCGCGGAUCUCGGAACAGUCUGUGUCAGAUGGGACACUUCAUCCCCGCGGAGCUGUCCGUGCACACGAUGUUCUCUGAUUGCCAAGCUGUUAAGGGCUCCGUGGAAGGGAGCUGCUGGGAAGGCGGACGAGGCAUCUCAGGCGGGUGAGGGGCUCUGCUGCAUCGGCCUUGCUCACACCGACCAUCCCUGGGGAGCUGUCACUGGCACCCAGGUCUCCCCUUCUCAGCGCAUCCUGUGCCUCCAUUCUGGGCUGCCUCUGUCCCUCGAAGGGGAGCUCCCCACAUGGGUGGGAUUAUUGUUGAGAACAAAGUUAAGGUGUUGACGAGGAUGCAGGACUGAGGUUGAUCCCAGAGUCACUCAGUUGUCCCUCAUUUUGCUCAGAGACACCCUGACCAAGACAAGCUCUUUAGGGAGCAUCUUUCCUGUCUGUGCCACAUUCUCCAUGGCCUUUGCACUCUUUUUGCUUUUGCUUUAAACACGUCGUCAAUUCAUUACCUGCGCAGCUUGGACUGCCUUUUGGUUUUUCUUUGCAGAACAGCUCUGGAAUUGAAGUGUGUGUGCGCGUGUGUGUCCGUGUGUGUGUGUGUCUGUGUGUGCAUGUGUGUGCACGUGCGCGUGUGUGUCUGUGUGUGUGUGUGUGUGCGCGCUGCUCUGGACUAGGAGCCUUACGUGUGUUAACACACUUGAUCAGCUCAGCAACACUGUGGAAUAAGUGUUUUAUAUCCAGUAUUCAGAUCAGGAGACUGAGAUUCAGAGCAGGGAGGGAACUUGUGGGAGACCACAUGGCUCGCAAGCAGCAGAACCUGGGUUUGAACUGACAGCGGCCUGACUUCAGAGCCCGUGCUUUCCCACGCUCCUACUGCACACCCAUUGGAGUCCAGCCAUCUUGGUUCUGAAUCAUAACCCUGACUCUCCUGGCCACAUCCUGUGCCCCACAUUACAUGUUACUCUAUAGGUUACCACCCUGGGUCUCUUUCCUAUAUAAGACAUAGAAAUGCUACUUGUGGAAAUCCUAAUGUUCCUGACAUCUCUGCCAUUUUAUCAUGAAAAAUCCUAUCCUACCAAAUACUGGUGUAAUGUACUUGGCCCCCGUGGAUUGGAUUGGUAUAGGUUAAGGGCAGAUAUAAGGUCUCAAAUAAUCCCGGUAUUCCUGUAUGUGGAGUUGUUAUUAUGGAAUAAUAAUGGCAGUUUGCAUCUCUGUUGGGCUCUUCCAGCUCUGGUGUUGGCUCACGAGAAUCCUAUCACAUUAGUCCCCUUUUAUAGUUGGAUAGUGGGGCUUGCCAGAGGGCACACUAAUUUGGGUUAACUCGUUCCCAGGAUUCUGGCAUUGUAGACACAGAAACACCUACUGUGGAGUUUUGUGUAAUAUAAACACUGAAAGAUUUAGCAAUAGGUCUGCCAGGCAGUCCUGACUUCUGGCUGCACAACAAAGGGGGGCGGUUGGUGCCAAAUGGGGCAACAGAAAGUGAGUUUGGGGCCUGCAGAGCCUCGGGUAGCCCAGACAACCGGGAGAGAAUGGGCUGCUUAUUCCAACUCCAUCCUUGGAGGAUUCCCCACCACAAGUCUAAGGAAGUAAUAAAACCUUAUGCAUUAUUUUCUGAUAUCUGGAGAGAAACACGUACCCUAGAAAUGCUGUGGACUGAUUCCACAGUUACUUUGUCAUUAAAGAAACCAGAAUACUGAGAGGUCACCAUAAACACAAAAAGGCAGAGAGAGAAGGAUUAAAUGGUGUUUCAUGUAAGGAUUUUUAAAGGGAGGCAGAAUUCUAGUCUGAAAGGAGAGCAGGCAGAUCUGGCAUUUUGCUUGAGGAGUUCAAUUCUUUGGAGAAAAUACAGAGACAAAAAGACCAUUUUGAUGGUAUUUAAAAUAUCCCUCUGUCCAGCAUAUCUAAGUGAGUCUAAAUAUAUUCAGCAGUUUUUUAAAGGGCAGAUAUCAGGCCCGAUUCAAGGUAUGGAAUAUAGAUUUGAAAGGCUUAGUGACAGGUGAGUGCCUUUCAAGUAACUUAGCAUCACAGAUGAAGCCCAUGAUUGAGCACUGCACCUAUGGAGCAGGCGCGUGAGCUUGUGACUGAGCUUCCCACCUACCAGCCUCCCAUUUGCUUAGGAUGAGUAGUUUUCUGCCCUCCUUGGUGAGCCGCUGUGGGCCACUCACCACUCCUUACACCCCUUCCCUUUAGUACUUAGCUGUGGCUUACUUGCAAAAUCCACAUGCACCCUCCUGGAUCCCACAGACGAUGUAUGAAAAAUCAUGGCCAUGAAAAGGGCACGGAAAUCAAAUUAAUUAAUUUUGCCUUUUCCCCACAUUUGUUUCUGUCUGUCUGGUACUUUUCCUUUUUAAGCCUACCAUCUCUUUGAAAGUGAGCCGCACAGUGAUAAUCCAUUUUCCUCAUUGUAACCCCACAGUGUAUGUAUUCCACAUUAAAUAAUAAAAGGGAUUAAUAAUUAAAUC